AUGCCCAUCGAUAAAAAGAAACGUAAUUUCAUCAUCACUCCCAAUCAAUUCUAUUCCGAAUUGAGUGAAGAAACUUUUCGUAAAAUUUGUGUCAAGGAUGUGAGCAAAAAGUUGUCGUAUCCACUCUAUUUGGACUUUUCCAAUGAUAAAUUUCAAAUCAAUUCGUUGCAGGCGUUGCGAAUUAUGAAAACUGCUUGUGUGAAGGAAUUGGAUAUUAGCAAAAACCGAUUUAAAGAAAUUGACAAGCCAUUUGAAAUGUUCACUCGUUUGAAACGUCUCUACGCCUCUCACAAUGAAAUUCACAAAUGUCUCUUUACCAAUGUUCAUUCACAUCUUGUACUUGUCGAUUUGAGUCACAAUUCACUCUCGUCUGUUCCAGAAUCCUUGUCUCAAUUAGUAAAUUUGGAAUAUCUCGACAUGUCCUAUAACAUGAUUUCGAAUGGAACAGAAACUGUGACUCGAUUACGUGGUUGUGUGAAAUUGCGAGAUUUGAACUUGUCAUUUAAUCAAUUGGAUAUGAAUAAGGAAAAAUUGGACAAUUUUCUCGUGGAAUUGAAGACCAAUUUCAAAAAAUUGAAGAGUGUGAAUUUUGAUUCAAAUCCUUUCGUCAUGAAAUUAAUGAAUUAUCGAGCUCUAUUCAUUACUCGUUUACAAUUGACAAGUUUGGACGGAAAGGAAAUUUCUAGUAAGGAACGUAAAUCUGCCAGUCAACAAGGCGAUGGCUCUUCCAACUUGAUUCAACCCUUGUUCUUUGACGAAGUUGGAGAACAACUCAAAGGAACCUCUCGAGGUCUCAUGAAACGAGUUCCAUCGUUUAAUAAUUUAUUCAGUGUGCUUCAAACAAAAGUCAUAGAGGAUGAACCCAUUGUUGAGGAACCUGGAAGAAGAGCCACCAUUGUGGAGGCCAUUAAGGAACAAACACAUUUUGACAAGAUCAAUGAAGUCCUCGAAAAUACUUCACAAAUUUACUUGUUAGUGGCUGGUCAGAAAUUGUUACGAACCAUGAAACAACUCUUAUCAAACAUUUCAGACAUUUCCAUGAAGUUGCAUGCAGACGAUCCAAACACUAUUGGUCUCACCGGUUAUGUGAAAUUUAUUGAAUUGUUGAAAGGUUACAUUACCCGUGACGAAACACAUACUCUCAAGGAGUGCUUUAUUCGUUGCUUGGUCACUAGCUUUGGUUUCUACACUCGAACGUUUGACAAUGCCACUCGUGAAGAAGUUCAAGCCCUCACAGAAUUGGGUAAAUUCCUCUUCUGGAACAACAACACUGAAAUUUUGAGAACGACCAAUCAGGCACUUCAUCAAUUCAUUUUGGCACAAAGUGGAAAGUACAAUCAACAACCCAUUGCCAAUUUGUGCACCGUUCUCAAAUAUUUCGAUGAUUAUGAUCCUUUGAGCAUUCCAAAAAUUUCCACACCUCAAGAACUCAAUCGUUUGAGCAUGAAAUUGAAACAACCAUUGACAGUGGAUGAUCCCACUCAAAGAAAUUCUCCUAGUUAUCUCAUUCCAAACUUUUCUGACACUCGAAGACGUUCCUCCUAUAUUGGACCUGUUAUGGAUGAAGACUUGUCACCAAGUGCCAACAGUCAAAAACGUGGUGGCAUGCAAAAUGAAGAAAGUGGAAAUUCACUCCUUGCCACGGCCAAAACUAAGAAACUUCAAGGAAUUACCAAGUUUUAUCAAGAAUUCAUGACCAAUCAAUUUAAAUCCUUUUCAUCCAACAUGCACGACAUUCCAAACGAAAUUUUACAGUUACAAAUUCAAAGCACUGAUUUGUUGGUCAAGACAUUUAACUUUACAGAUGCCAUGAUUUUAGCCAUGACAGAAUCGGAUUUCUUGGACACUCUCAUGGAAAUAAUCAUCAAACAACACAAAGAAUUUAUGGAAUCUCCAACCAAACCUACCACUCUGCAACCACAAGUUCAGAGAUAUAUAUUGUUGUUGAAAUUAUUUGUAGUCAUGUCGUCAUGUGCAGAAAAAUUCUCUGGAAAAAUCAUUACGCUGACUGAACAUUUGACCAAGGCAGUGUAUUUUGUGAAACCCAAGACGGACCACCAGCAUGCUAGUGAAGAGGUUGUAACGACUGAUAGUAGUAACAAUAACGCGUCACCAUCUUCAUCAUCUGCCACUGGAGACGUUGAGAGUGAAAUUACGGAUCAAGUCAUUGAAGCUCUAGUUUCUGGCUAUGGGCAAAGUCAUUUUGCAAGUUGUUUGGGUGUUAUUCAAACGGCACUUGCAAGUGUUUGUCACGUUUCUAAAAUUAAGGACGACAUGUUCAAACAGAAAAAGUUUAUGGAUCUCCUUCUCUCGACUUUGAAGUAUUUCCUUAAUAAUGGAAUUACGACCAUGAAUAUCAAACAAAUUUCAGGAGCGUUGGAGUCCAUUGACACAUUGUUGACCAUUUAUCAUUACAAAAUGGUCAAGCAUCAAACACAAUAUGUCACAUCCAGUAGAACUCUUGUUAGAGCAGGUGACAACACUCAAAUGACCGAUGAAUCGUAUCGUUUGCAAGGAAUGCAAGUCAUGAUCAACAUGAACCAAAUUCAUGAUUUGCAAGAUAUUCUAUUGAGAUUUAUUCAAGAAGAAACUCUUCAAAAUAUUUUGAUUAAUCCCGUGUUAGGAGUGCCACUUGUGUCUACUGUAUUGCAUUUAAUUCAAAUGUUACCACUUUUGAAUAUUAACAAACAUUUAGAAAUGGUGAAUGAUCCAAAGUAUUGUGCUCUCCUUCAACAACGUCUCUUGGAGAUUGUCUUGUUGAAUACUAACACUUCCAAUGCUACCUCAACAUUGGAUAAUGAAAAUAACUUGUUGUCUGUGUCGAGUUCACUCGAACUCAAUCGAAUUGCAGCAAGUUGUUUCAUUUCAGUCAUUAGAGAAACGAACAUUGAAAAGGAUCUUUUGAAAAAAGUUGUCACAUCCAUUAGUACCCUGUCUAGAGAAGCAGGAUAUAGAGGAACAAAACUUAAUCACUCGUUUGAGUUGUCGACAUUGCUUGGCAUUUUGAGUUAUGUGAAAAAGGAAGAACUUUUAUCAGAGUACAAGGAUGUUCUUUUAAUUCAAUUAUUGAAGAUUAUUCAACAAUUGACUGUUGAUUUGUCCACCAAGCAACUUUAUUACAAUCUCAUCGAUCAUUGUAUCCGCUUGUUGAGAGUACUACAACCCACUCCUCCUUCAGAACAGUUGGAUUUUGAGCAAUUUGGAAAACUCUUCAUUCUCAUUACCAAACAAGAACAACAAAUUGAAAGAGAAAAUCCACAGCUGUACUCGAUUGAAGCAUUUGAAGAAAAUGCUUCAUUCAAUGGAAUUGGAGUUCAAAUCAGUCAAACCAGUUCAAGAAAUCAAACGUUGACCGUUGAAUCGUUGCCUCUCUUUGCCAAUCAGUAUAUUAUUUUAUUGAAAUGCAUUUCAGAGCUUGAGAUCUCCAGCUUUGUUUGUUUACGUGUCAUGAUUCGUUUGGUUGGCUCAUUGGAAUCCUUGUCUCCUGCAAAAUUGGAGAAGGAAUUCAUGACCGAAGAGAACAAGAGUCGACUUCAAAUGGUGACCGAUCUUCUCAAGAAUAUCAUUUCCCUAGUAUCGAAACCAGUAGUGCCCAAUGAAAACGAAAGUCAACUCUCUUCAAAGGAAUUGAAGAAAAUUAGGAGAAAGUCACUGAGAAAAUCGAUAUCCAUGUCCACCCGUAGUUUUGAAACCAUGGAGGCUGUAUUUAAUGCUUCAAAUGAAACCAAGAAUGCUACAGAAGAUUCUCGAAGAAAUUCAUUGAGAAUGAAAAAGAGAUCUUCAUUGAGAGCCAAUCCAGAAGAUCUGUCACAUCAAUUCAAACAACCUAAUUAUGUUCAAAUGUUAAAUUAUGGCAUGUUUGAUCAAUAUUCUGCCAAUUAUUGGAAUGAACGAACACUCGACUUGUCCAGACAAUUGUACUCGAUGGUUAUUGAUGAUGUGACCUCUGAAUGGACAGACGAAUUGAAGAAUAAUCCAUUCAAGUUGUUUAAUCCAUUCUUUGUUCAUUCCAAGCAAGAGGAAGCAGCUGCCGAAGAAAAGAAAGAAGAUGAUUUGACUCUCUCUUCCGAUAGCGAUUUGUCUGAUAUUUCCUCAUUGGACAGCGAAGAUGAAGACAAUGGUGCCGAGACUCAGUCGCAACACAUUCGCAGAAUUCACAGAAAAUCUGGAACAAAUAAGGAAUUUGUUGAUUUACUGUUGAGAAAGAAACAAAAGGAUCACAUGAAGCGAGAACAACAACAAGCCAACCCUUUGACUACCAUGUGGUCAUUCUAUGAUGAUUCGACUCAUUCAUUCUCUGCCAAUGACUUUUAUCGAUUAGUGUUUUCUGAUGAAUUGUUGCGUGACAAUGUGUAUGAUGUCAUUACUCAAUCGGUCACUUCUACCAAAAUCUCACUCUCUCAAUUAUUAUCAGAUAAGGAGUUGAAAUAUUUAUUUAUUGGAACCAUUGGACUGAGAAUUAUUAACUUGAUGAAAUUGAGCGAAUUUGGUGCCUCUCAAAUCAUUCCUCUCAUCCAUCAAGUGUUGAGCAAUACCUUGUUUGGAAGUUAUCGUGUGAACAUGUUAAGUGUGAAGAUUUUAACGCAUCUCUUGGAUUCAGUUCUACAAAAAACACUCAAUCAAGGAACUGCCCUCCGUAGCGUUGCCAAUAACAAAUCCAAAGCUGAGGCAUGGAAAGAGGUGCUUCACAUUAUUGAUCAAAUUUCUCAAAUUAUUCAACAAAUGAAUAACACUUUGAGAUAUCGAUUGCAAUUCCACUUUUCCAAGACUACUCCAUUUUCGAGCGAUGAGAGACACUUUUUGUACAAUUAUGUGAAAUUGUGGCACACGAUUGUGAACACGAUUCGAAAUGUUCCAUUCCAUUUAUUGACAGAUUCGAAAGAUCACGAUCAUGAAUUACUCAAUGAGCUCUGCCAAAGUCAAUUAUUAAGUUUUUGGGUUCUACCUUUACCUGACUUUGCUGUCUUGCUUCGUUUACUGUAUUAUCAUUCCAUCACGGAACACAUUCCAGAUUCUGAUGACACUCGUGACAAUACUCUGUUUGGAAAUUUGUACAGAAUUCAAUAUUUGGAAGAAUUGACAUUACCACUUUAUAGCGUGACCUCAGACAAACAAGAAUUUUCUGGAAUUUCCCUCUCCAAUCCUCAUGCACAAUACAUGAAUCAGAAACGAAAAUUGACCAUGCUGUUAACAGAAAUUUGUGGAGUCUAUAUGAGAUUUGAUCGCUUCAAUUUGUACAACAUGCUCGAUUUCAUUGUGAGAUUGUCUCCCUUCACCAAUGAAUCUGGCAGCAGUGUCGAGAGCUCCAAUUCGUACUACAGUGUGAUUAACACUCCAUCUCUAAGAAAUUCAUUGCUUGAACAAAUUUUGAAAGAAGAAUCUCUUGUCCGAAGAAGUUACUUGUUGAGUAAGAGUUUGAAAGUUGGAGAUGUUGUGGCCUAUGAUCGUUGCACAAUUAAUCAUCAACCAUGCAUGAUUGUUUUAUUCGAAAAGAAAAUUGGAAUUUAUUCCUUCACUGAAAAUGUGAAUACUGGAAAAAUGUUUUUAUCCGAAACGUCCAUGAUGAAUUUGUCACAAAUUGAAUCCGUGAGUUUAGCAUCGCCCUAUACUGGAAAGUAUCUUCUUCUCAAAACAUCCAAAGAACCGCUUUUCAUGCAAUUCAGUAAUGACACUUUUUGUGCCAAAUUGAUUUCACAAAUUCACAACAAGGGCAAUUCUUUGGAUAUUUCCAUUGAUUGGAGACUUUUCAAAAGUUUACAACACAUUUUUGCAUCCGGUGUAGAUGAACAAUUAUUAUUUUUCAGUGAAGUAUUGUUGGAUAUGGGCAAUGGAAGUGGUGAAAAGAAGUGUUGUUUGGCCCUCUCUAAUUAUGCCAUCUAUUUUGUGAAUGAGAAAAUUUCAAGUGAGCUCAACGUGUCAACAAGCACCACAGGUGUGAAAUCAAGUGCUUCUACACAAAAUCUCGUCGAUUAUUCCUCACUCAUUGAAAAGAUUUGUCAAUUUGAAAUUAAUGAAUUGUGGAUUGAUUACAAAUCAGUACAACAAACGACACCAACGACCAAAGUGAAAUUGAACAAGAAUUUGGACGGAACAGACAAUUCCAAAGCAUUGCCAAAGAAGGAAAGCAUUUAUUGUACUUUUGCAAGUGAUUUUGCCAAGAUUUCAUUCAUUGCCAAUCUUUCUGCCUACCAAUCGUCCUAUCAAUCGUUACAAGCUUAA